CAAACAAAGCCUAGGGAAUUUUAAAUUUUCGUAGCUCAAUGCUCAUAAUAAAAGUCAAUACUGGCCAUUCUUGUCAUUUUCCUUUAUUCUCAUAAAUUCUUUUAACGUCAGUGUAAAAGGCCAGCUACUUCUUUUCAGUGUUUUUUCCCCGUUGAUUACGCUUCAUUCCAUUGUUUCUAUCACUGCUAACCCCAUUAUUAUAACCUGGAAUUUUUUCCCUCUUUCCGCAAUUGCCGCAAUAAAAUAGUUAGAAGAUAAAUGAAGUGACUUUGAACAUAGUUUCUCACUUUCUUGAUCAUAUAAAUAUAAAUUUCAAUGAUCUUCCGAAUUUGCAUUAUGCUACUUGGAAAACUAAGCUUGACCCACGUCAAGAUUUAGUCUAAGUUCAUCUGGGUCAGUCUUUGUUUGCAGUGAAACACUGUAUAAAUAUAUAAUUCCUAUGAUCUUUGGAAUUUGCGUUGUGCUACUUCAAAACUAAGCUUGACCCACGUCAAGAUUUAGUCUAAUUUCAUUUGGGUCAGUCUUUGUUUGGACUAAAAUGGAUCACUAACAUUUUUGUCUCACAAUGGGUUGUGUGGCAUCCAAGCAAAAAACAGUGUCGGUAACACCUGCAUUUGAUCAUUCAGGUGAAGAUGUCGGGUCGGGUCGGAGCAGGGUCGGGAGUGGUGGGUUCGGAUUGGAUUUUGAUUUGAAGAAGGUGAAGAAGAGGGGGGAUUCGGGUCUGAGUGGUGGGGGGAGCGAGUUGAGUGAGUCGGGUCGGGUCAGUUCAAAUGGGUGUGGUAGUGAGUCCGUUAGUUUUAGGUUAGGGAAUUUGCAUAAAUAUGUGGAAGGUGAACAAGUGGCUGCUGGUUGGCCUGCUUGGUUGAGUGCUGUUGCAGGUGAAGCUAUACAAGGAUGGGUACCUCUCAGAGCUGAGUCUUUUGAGAAAUUGGAAAAGAUAGGUCAGGGUACAUACAGCAGCGUAUUCAGAGCACGUGAUUUAGAAAGUGGAAGGACAGUUGCCCUGAAGAAGGUGCGAUUCGAUAACUUCGAGCCAGAAAGUGUUAGAUUUAUGGCACGAGAAAUUAUGAUCCUCCGCAGGCUUGAUCACCCCAAUAUCAUUAAAUUAGAGGGUCUAAUUACCUCCAGAUUGUCUUGUAGCAUGUAUCUUGUGUUCGAGUAUAUGGAACAUGAUAUUUCAGGACUCCUGUCUCGUUCAGAAGUUGAGUUCAGCGAAUCACAGAUUAAAUGCUACAUGAAGCAGUUGUUGUCUGGAAUCGAGCAUUGUCAUUCACGAGGUGUAAUGCAUCGGGACAUCAAAGGUGCAAAUCUUCUGGUAAAUAAUGAUGGAAUAUUGAAGGUUGCAGAUUUUGGAUUGGCAAACUUCUAUAACUUUGGACGGAAGCAACCACUAACCAGCCGAGUUGUCACUUUAUGGUAUCGUCCUCCAGAGCUUCUGUUGGGCUCCACGGAGUAUGGAGCCUCUGUGGAUCUUUGGAGUGUUGGAUGCGUGUUUGGUGAAUUUCUCACUGGUAAACCUAUUCUUCAGGGGAGAACUGAGGUUGAACAACUGCAUAAAAUUUUCAAGCUCUGUGGAUCUCCACCAGAUGAUUACUGGAAGAAAUCUAAACUUCCUCAUGCAACUCUAUUUAAACCGCAACAACCUUAUGAGAGCUGUCUGUGGGACACCUUUAAAGAUCUAACCAAAAGUUCAGUCUCACUCAUAGAGACUCUUCUUUCCGUGGAGCCACCCAAACGAGGAACUGCUACUUCUGCCCUUGCAUCUGAGUACUUCAAGACAAAGCCUCACCCCUGUGAUCCUUCAAGCCUGCCAAAGUAUCCACCAAGCAAAGAGAUUGAUGCCAAACAUUGUGAAGAAGCAAAAAGGAAGAAGCCUAGUGGAAGAGCCCGUGGUCCUGAGACAACCAGAAAGUCAAUCAGAAAACAGAAUUCGACCAAUAAACUGGCACCUGAAGAGAAGUUACCCAUCCAAAAGCAAGGCGUUCCUAAAAGUAAUGGCAGUAGUCUGGGUACUCAAAAAGUAGGAGACAUUAUUAUAGGUCUCGAGCGACCUAAGCCACCAGUUGAUUUGAAGGGAGAGGCUUCCCACAUUAAGAAUGCAUCUCAAGGCGAUGUUCCCUUUUCAGGCCCUCUUCAAGUUUCAGGAUCAAGUGGUUUUGCAUGGGCGAAAAGACGUUUUGAUGAUUCAUCAAGGAGUAAAUCAAGUUCAAGAAGCCUAAAGUUUGAACCUUGUUCAGGUGCACUUCAUAUUAAAAAUAACACGGCGCUAAAAAGACAAGAUAACUGUGAAGCUAAAAAUGGAAGUCGCACCAAUUCUAAGGGUCGUGACACCUAUGAAUCCACCAAAUAUGCAAUGCAACAACAUUGGAGCCAAUUCGAGCAAACAGAUUCGUUUGAUGCUUCUGAGGGUUACCACUCACAAGAACUGUCGCUGGCUCUCUAUCUGAAAGAGGAAACAGCUUUCAAGAGGAUCAAUGUGGUUCAGGAUCCUAUGGACAAAGUUGAAUUCUCAGGACCCAUACUAUCUCAAUCACACAGAGUUGAUGAACUCCUGGAGAAACAUGAGCGCCAGGUCCGCCAAGCUGUUCGACGAUCAUGGUUCCAAAGAGUGAGGAAAAAUGGAAACUGAUUGCAUGGUGCUCCAGUUUCACACGGUAUACAGAAAAGAAAUGAAGUACAGGAAUUUUGACAGUGGAUUCACAACAAACUAGAAGUUUCAUAUACUCAAGUGGAGCUGUUGAUCUCGAUCCCUAGCAGUGUGCAGGAGACUAACAAAGUUAAGAACCAAAUUCUGUUCAAGAGCAGAAAGUGCUUCAAGAAAAUAAGCAAGGGCUGAACCUGCUUCAUUCUUUCAAUUUCUUAAAGCCCUGAAAAUAAAUUCCCUGAGAAUUGUCUCUCCCCUCUCAUCCCUGGCCUCAAUGUAUAUAGUUCUUAGCUGUCAAAACUCACUCAUUUUUACCCUUUGUCACAGAGUAGUGAGUGUAUUCUGUACCUUGCUGAUAAGUGAUAGCCCUGAUACAUAUAUUUGUUCCAAGGGGACCGAGUUAAGAAGCUGAUGCAAUUUUCCGGCUGCGUUGUGGCAUGUUAGAGAAACUCCAUUGUCAUUGCCAAGAAAAUCCAAGUAGAUAUAGGAUAAAGAUGCAUAGUUUGGGAGGAUAUGAGUCCCAGAAGGUCAAUCACCAGUUCAUAUGAAUAGCUUUGUCACGACCCAAACUCAUGGCACGCACUGUCCACCUUGGCCCAACAGACCUCACAAACUUGUCCCUCGGGGUACACCAUCGUCUAGUCCAAAAGUGUGUGUAUCAUGUACUUGUAUUAUGCCUUAUAAGCUCGUCAUUUCUUUUCCCAUUUCGAUGUUGGAUUCGUCUAAAGCAUCAUAUGUAUCCUUUUUCAUAA